CAUUCCUCUUUCGCUUAGGGUGUGAGGAAAGGAAGAAGGAAGAAGAAUGGCCGCCGGAGCUGCUGUGAAGAAGGCUGUGGAGACCGGCUCGCGCAAAGUCUCUCACGGUGUCAAGCAAGUGGUCGGGCGGAGGGCUGACGACCCCGCCUUUGUCACUCGGGAGAUUUGCAUCGGGCUCGGCCUGGGAUUGAUGGUGGGCGCUGUGUGGAAAAUGUGGCACGUAAACUAUCGCCGCCAGGUGAACGAGUUCUACGAUGCUCUGGACAAGGGGGAGAUCACGGUCGUGAUCACCUAGACGAACUUUCCAUUUCUUCUCUCGAGAGAGGGGCUCCAAAAAAAAUCUCUGGCAUUGCCUGCCCGCUGCUAAAAAUUUUUCCCCUCUCUCAGACAAAUCUAAAGCUUUCGUUAGACCUACCUAUAAUAAACUAGCAAGCAUCUUCCUCGUGC